AGUUCAUUGAAAUCGAAAGAUUAGUGCUACAGUUAAUCUUGACCAACGAUGAAGGCCGUCGGAACAUUCUUCGCUGUCAUAUUUUUUAUUACUUGGAACAAUGUGCAACCUGCAGUGGUUCUUAUCGAACCCCGAAUGUAUAUUCAGAAAAUAGCAAAACGAGUCGUCGAACUACUCGAAAGUCGAUACCUUACCGGACCCGACUUGCCCAUCGAUAAUUAUACGUCACCAAUUGAAUUAUCGUCCUAUGGCAUUACGAUCAGUGGAAACGUUUCCUUUCAUUCGGCGUUUGUGGCCAAAAUUGGAUCCAUGGAGUUGAACAUGCAGCAAUAUCGAGAGGCCCUACUAAGCACGGAAGUACAAAUCGAUGCCACCAUGCAGUGGAGGAACGUCGCCACCGCAAUGGACUUCUAUGCAGACCUCGACGGGUUUCAAGGUUCUGGCACUUUAAUGGUGACUUAUGGCCACUUUGAUCUACCUUUGAAAACGAAGCGCAUUUUUGAGACCGGAGAAGUUUCCGGAAGUUUAUUGUUCCAGUCGAUUAGCAGUAUCAACGAUAUCAUCAUAGUUGGCCAUCCAAACAAUGCCCACGUGCAGAUGAUGGCUCGAGCGAUUACUACUAACUUUGAUUUUCGAGACAAAAUGUUGGAACCAUUUAGACGGUGGAAUUUCCUCAACAUAUUGAAUGUAGCGUUGUCGGAGAUUCCCUUCCCAGAAAUAUGCUAUAAUUGUUAGUUUUCAAUGAUUACGGUGCAAAAAUAAAUUAUCUAAUUUAAGUUUAUAUUUUUAAUGGCAUUGAUUUUUUUUAAAUUAUAAAUACCGUAAAAUAAUGCGGGGAACCUCGAUAGUGUGACAGACGUUAACAAACAAAACAAACGUAUCAAAUGAAUACAUAUGAAAGACAAUCAUAAAGGUAUUUUAUUUAAAACCGAGUUUAUGUACCGUAAAAUGGGGUAACUUUGAUAGUUUUUCAGCGAAUUUUCUCAAUAUUUUUACAUGUAACAGUAUUUCCCCGAGUUAUAUAUUUUUAAAACAAGUACUGGGGUAUCAGUUAUGAAUUGCAAUUAAAAGAUUCGAUAAUCUGGAAUAUUUUGGAUAACUUUUAGUUUUUCAUAUAACCUAAAAUCAGAUUUUCAUUUUGGGGUAACUUUGAUAAUGCCCUAAAAACACAUCAAAUCGCAAAAAAUAAUCACAGAUUGAAAUCUUAGGAGUAUGAACAUGAUGAGAGAAGGCUUGUGGAAUAUAUUAGAAAGAAUUUUUGUAUCAAAACAUUGAUUUUUUACUAUAUUCUACAUAUAAAAAUGAGUUCGUGGAGUAUUGAAUGCAAAACACAAUAAAUUUAGCUAUCAAAAAUCAUUAUCUUUAUAAUAAUAAAUGCUCAACGGUACAUCAACAUAUGAUUACAUGCUAUUCAUGGUUAGUUUUCUUUUUAUGGGUAGUUUUUUAAUGUUUUAUUAACCAAUUUUGAACAACACAUAUUUAUCUACAUGAAAUUACAAGGGCAUUGCAUACUUUUAGGCGUUUAUCAAUGUAUGGAGAUUAAUAUCCCAAUUUACAAAAUUGCUUCCAUUUCGUAAAAACACAUUUCGUUAAGAGAUUCAAGGCCAGAUUUGGAAUCUACUAUGAUAAAUCUAUCGAGAAUAAGAGUCCAUUCAUUGAAAAAAUAGUUUUAACGAAGUCGUAUUGCAGAUUGUUGAAGGGGUGGAUCAAUGACAAAAAUAUCAACAAGUUUUGUUUUUUGUCAAAAAAGUUGUACAUAAACUAGAUUUUAAUGAAAAUACGUCUAAGAUGAACUUUCAUAUGUAUAGAAUUGAUUUACGUUUACCUUUUUCUUAACUGGUUGAAGGAAUCAUAGUUAUAAGAUAAAUUACACAAUGCCUGCCGCACUAUCAAAGUUACCCGCAUUAUCAAAGAUACCCCGUUUUACGGUACCGCGUUACUCCGCCACAUGAAUGAUCCCUUUGUUGUCCCGUUGGUUCGU